AUGACAUCAAUGGGGAAGGCUGGUCUGGCCCAUGACAGAAACGACGAGGAGGUGGGGGGUCGUUUGUGCAAAGGGGGGGAGGGGUCACCACAGCAGGAGAGGCCGGGCCCCGCCGCCUCAGCCCCCGCCCGGCCAACCCGAGGGGCGCAGCCCGCCGGGCUCACCGGGCGCCCGGCCUCCCCGGCGCGGCGUCCCCGAGCCCGGCGCGGAGGGCGAGGAGGGCGCGGCAGCCCAACGGCGGUCGCACCCGCGCCGCCCCAGGCGCCGCCGCCCGCGCCCGCGCUCACCGCCGCCAACGCCGCCGCCGCCGCCGCCACCAGUGACGGGCGGGCGGGCGCGCGCGCGCGCGCGAGGCUGACGCACGGGCGCGAGGUGGGCGGCGACGGCGGCGGCCUCCAUCUUCCCGCCCCGGCGCGCGCCCGCCGCCGCCCGUCGGGCCCGCGCGGCCCCUCCCCGCCGAGGCCCUGGGGGCGGCCUCGAGGGCCUUCCCGAACCUUCCACGGCCCGAGGCGCCGUGGGUUCCGGGCGGCCCCGCACGCCAGCGGGUCCCCGUCGGGUCGAAGGCGGACCGCGGGGUUCGGGGCGUCGCGGGGCCGCGUGCGGGAGCCGCUGCCGCCGGGCUCCCUGUGUGACGCGCGGCGGGUCCCGGGGUCACGGCGUCGGGGGCCCCGAGGCGAGCGUCUCCAUCGUGGCGGGAGAUGCGGGUGUGCCUGCGCCUUCGUCUGCGACUUGGGUCCCAGCCAGCCGUCCGCGAGGCACGGAGAACCCAAAUUUCUCAGGGUCACCCCAGCCCCGUGCUGGUUCCGCCCAAGACACACUGAGCAGAAGAAUCUGCCUCGUCCUCGGGUGCGCGCGGCCGCAGAGGUGGCUCUCCGGAGGGAGGGACGGCCGGGGAAACACAGACAGAUGCAGGCGCGGAACCGGCAGGACCCGAACCUGCUCCUGGGUUGUGCCAGCGGCAGCCGCCUGGGUUGGGUGCUCUGCUGUCCGGCCGUGGGAAAGGCCUCUGAGCCCCGACGGCGGGCGGGGAGCCGGAGGCGGGGAGCCGCGGGCAGGUCCCUCCCCCCCGGGGGCUGCACCGGCCCUGACUCUGCGUCCCCCUCACGCCCAAUCAGGACCGGUUCCCAUCUGCCCAGGAGACUUGGGGGCCGCCAAGCCGCCCUGGCUCCCCUGGCCCAGGUUCCUCCCGACCUUAGCGUUCCCAGAACACCCGCCCGCACCCAGAUCCGCGAGCGCCGCGUGAGACCGCUCCAGGCCGCUCUGGAGAUCGAAGGCCCGGGUCCCGAGGCCGCCGCAGCCGGACGGUGCCCUCCGAGCUCUCCAGAAACAGUGCCCGCGCCCAGGAUGGAGGUGGCCAGUUUAAAGGAAGCUUUUAAGUGCCGCUCCUGCCUCCUGAAGCCAACGGUCAAGUCACAAAGGUGCCGGCGGGGACAGGACUGGAAUCUCAAUGACCUUGACACGGUCACCCCACAAGCCACGACUGAGAAGCCGUCACAGCCUAGAGGCGCCCAGGAGACGGGAGGCCUGGACAUCCCGGGCGCCCCUAAGAACGUCAGGGGAGCCCAAGGAGAUCUGAGCGUGGGUGUCCGUUCAUCGCGUCUCAGGACGGCGUCCGGGCACCGUGUGUGCGAGGACAGAGCGCCCGGGAGGCUGCGGUCGGGCUGGGCACAGCUCUCUGAUCCGGGAACCGGCCAAGCCAGCGCCUGGCUCUUCCGAGGGCGGGCUCCCCGUGGCCGCGUGACCACUCACGACGGGACGAGGCACGAGGGCAUCUCGCCCAGGAUCUCCAGUGCUGGCUGGGCACCUGUCCCCUCCUCCCGUGGCCAGGACCCGGCCAGGCGCCCGUCCUCACCUCCUGGACCGCCCGCAGCAGCUCCGGGUCUGGCCUCCUGGGGUCAGGGCCUCUCGGUGCCACCAGCCCUCGCUCACACCUGGGCCUGCUCACUGGGCCUCCGGAGCGCAGACGGGAGUCGAGCCACGCCGCACACAGAUUGUGUGCCGGAGGGGCCCAGUCUGGAGAGGCUGCAGGUGCAGUCUUUAGCCGGGAGGCCAGGCCAGCGCAAGGAGCUGUGGCCCCCAGGCUGCCAGGCCUCUCUGGAGGCUGGGGGGGACGGGCCGGCCCCUCCAGGGCGCUGUGCCCGCCGUGGGUUCUACCCCGAGGACCACAGGCUCUGGUCGGAAAUGUGCAAACCCCAACCGGAGUCACGGUCCCCGGUGGUGAGAUCAUCGCCCCGCCCUCCACCCAAGCCCACCCUGCCGCCAGCCCCCGUCACAGCUGGCCACCGCUUGCACGGUCCCCAUCGCUGGGGGCGGAGGGAGCCCCCGCGCCCCCCAGGGGAACGCACAGGUCACAGGUCAGGAUGCUUCUGGGCGGGGGUGUGGCCGGCACCCACGGUGCUGCCGGAGGGGCGGCGAGGAUGCUCCCCCUCCACCACCCCUCCUCCCCUGAGAUCCCUCAAGCGCCCGGACCACAAGGGUCCGACCGUGACCGCCAUCGGCCGCGAGCUGUCACCCUGCCUUGUCCAGAGGGUGGAAAGGAAGGUGUCCCCUAUUGUCUCCCCCAAGGGACACACAGAACAGCAACAAAGACAGCCGGCCGGGAGGGGCCCUCGGCCCCCGUUUUCCACCACGGCCGCGGGGAGGGCAGAAAACGCGGGACGACAGCCCGCAUUGUGCGCCCGGCGCCUCGCCGCGCCACAGGCCGCGGCUUUUGCAGCCGUGUCCGUCCGAUUUCGGGGGACCCAGAGCCCGGGGCGGGGGGUUCAGCGGCCCCUCAUCGCCCCUCCCUUCCUUGUCCAUCCUCCCCCUCCCCCUGAGCGUGGCCCCGCAGGGCAUGUCCGGGUCCGACGCUGA